CUUGAAACCAUCAAACAAAUAGACAGAAAUGCAAAUUCACUAUCAUCUAGUUUAUGUACGAAAUUAAUUGAUAAAUACGACGCAAUAUAUAAAACGAAUGAAUAUACUGACUCUAAAUUGGAAUAUCCUAAUAACGAUGUUGGUAAUGUUGAUACUUUAAAAAAUGAAUAUAUACCUAAUAUAAAUGAUAAUCUUGAUCUUUAUAAAUGUGAAGAUGACGCUGAUAGAAACAUUGAAACUGCUAACGAAACAGACACAGUGAAUACUGAUAAUGAGUCUGAUGAUGAAAUUGAUGGUAGUAAUGAAGAUGCAUUUCAUACCAAUGAUAAAAAUGAAAUUGAUGAACAUAAAGAUAAAUGCGAAAAUAUUUCUAAUGUCAGUGAAGACGAAGAUAGUGAUGAAUUAAAUGAAAGUAAAACGAAUAAAAGUGAAAUGACAACCAGCGGUCCGCUUAUAAAAGUGACGAAGUUGUCACUUGAAGAGCAAAUAGCUGAUAUUGAGAAGAGGAAAGACUCGAAGAAUUUCAAGUGUUCCUUGUACAAAUGUAUGGAAUGCUUUAAAGGAUUUUUGGACGAACGAACUUAUAGCACACAUAUGACAAAGCAUUCGAAUACACUUCAUGAAUACAAGAAUAGUACUUAUACUGAAAUAACGGUAUACUGUGGUCAAUUUAGACAUCCGAGUAAGAAAACGUCGUAUUUUUCUCACAUUCGCAUAAAGCACCCGUCGGACUUCGUUUGUGAGUUGUGCGGACACUCCUUUGUGAGCGAGAAAGGAAUUGAAUCUCAUAAGAAUAUCAAACACCUACUGGACAGUAAUGAGGUGAUCUUAUCAUGAAUAUUUACUGUUCUUUUUGAUGUGAUAUUUUUGUUCUGCAGACAAGAUAAUACUAAAAAUACUUUUGCUAAAAGUAUCACCAUUUCAGCCGAAAGACAUCAACUGAAGGACAAACCUACCCUAAAGAUUUCUACGACGAUUGGUCCUGCGCUGCCCCCAUCCAACCUAUACCAUUUUCAAGUGGGAGGCUCCUUUGCACAGGAAGCCGGCUAGA